AUGCGUUCAACGGUAGUACGCCUCGCAGAAUCCAUUUCGAAGAGACCCUUGAAUCUGCGAGAAACUAGCGCUACACUCCUCCCUCCGAUACCACUCUACCGUCAAAUUCUACGAGCCCACCGCUCCCUUCCACAUGAGAUGCGCUCGCUCGGAGAUGACUACGUGAAAGCAGAGUUCCGCCGACAUCAGAAUAUCACUAAUAAAGUGCAUAUCAUUGGGUUCCUCUCGCAGUGGAAGAUGUACUUGGACGAGCUACCAGCAGGUCCAAACGCAAAGAGCUUUUCUGGCAAGAAGCUAGAUCCUACAGUAUUAGAGAAGAUGUCUGCCGAACAGCUCGGUCAAUUGUAUGAGCUGAUGAAUGUCACUAAAAAGGUGUGGAAACCCGCGGGCUCUGAAGGGGAAUCAAGUUAUCCGCACUCCUCGUAA